CAGGUGACCCUUGACACAUGUUGCGUCUGCACAUCUUCAUGGGGUAGAAAACAUCGUCUUGUGAUCCUCACGGGACAAAUUAAUUAACCAAUCGGGAACCGAUGCUGCGGUCCAGGUCGUACGAGGCCGUACCUGAGAGCGAGGAGGUCGGAAGUCCAGGUGGGAGAGGCAGACGGCGUCGGAAUUUCUACAGGUUUUGUCAGUGUAAGUUCUGCAUGACUGCCAUGGGGACCUCGUUAGUGUUGGUGUUUGUUGUGGUGUUUUCUGUGUACCUGGCCAAUGGAUACCCCAUCCACGCCUCAUGUACCAUCGACUGGGGUUUCAGUCAGAACUGCUCGUCUGUGAAUGCCAGUUUGGUUAAGAUGAUCAACACAUGGACAUCUAGUGACAACUGCAAGAACGGGGGAGAAAAGUGUCUGUACAAGUUUGUCAGUUCAUCUGACACUGAGCUGAAGGCGACCCACACCACUCCUGUACACAACUAUGUGGACGACCUGACCUUCACCUUCACCCCCGGCCAGGCACCCCCCACUGUCUGCAGGGUCAAGGCUCACUCUACGUCAGAGACUUGGUACGCUUACCUGGACUACAGCACCAACUACUGCAACCUGCGCAACCUGGCGGAGGGGGCGGGGCUGACCGAGACGCCCAACUUCACAGAAGUGACCAACGACAGUAUCUGUACACAGUACUCCUCUAGGAACUGUACUAAAUACUGAGAUACUUGGUUGACAAAUGUUUGUAACAACUUCCAUCAAGCACAACAUUAUGGUGUCAACCUAACAAAUUUUGCUUCACGUAAAUGCUGUAACACUUGUGUAGCAUUGAUGGGUUUUGCUUGAUGCAUUCCCCUUAAUGCUUAAUCCUUUUGAAUAGAAGGUUUCAUUACACUGAUCUUAUUCAGAGUUUGCUAAGUGGAUAAGAACAUACAUGUAUUUCAUGAUUUUCCUUGAUACAAAAUAAUGCUGGUCAAAAGUUAACUUAAAGUUUUGUACUGGAAAAGGCUUUAACUGUUAAGGCUAAUGUUCAUUGUUGUAUGAAUGAUACUCAAAUUGAUUUUAAAUUGAUUUGAUAUACAUUUAUUUUUAAGUACCUGCACAAGUGCUUUACUUUACUCUGCAUUUACUUUUCUCAUAUUAAGAUUUGAAGUUUGAAAAUAUCUAUGACCAGUUUUCAGUUCAAGGCUGUUUAUACUAGCUUGUCUGUCUGGUCUGGUCUAACUUAUGUAUUCCUUUGAAUAAAAGAAGUUGUGCA